UUCAUGCUUAUUCUAAUAUUCUAACUAGAAUUCAGAUUAUAUAUAUUAAAAAUCAGCUGAUAGAUUUUUAAUGCUUAUACAACUGUUCAUUUCCUUUAAUAUUGUUUCAAGUCAAAAUGGCGUUUGGAGUUUCAUUAGGCCAACUGCAACAUUUUAUAAUUUUGUUGUUAUAGACAACAAGUAAUCUUUACAUUUUAUAAUUUUGUUGUUAUAGACAACAAGUAAUCUUUACAUUUUAUAAUUUUGUUGUUAUAGACAACAAGUAAUCUUUACUGUUGAAUACUGUGGACAUGGAUUGUGAUAGUUGUGCAGAGUAGAAAGUACAGGCUAAUAUCAAAAUUCUAGGCCAAGGAUGUUGUGUGCCUUUAACUGCUAUUUGGCUAGGGAAAUGAGAUUUCAGGAAGCCGGUGCUUGAUGGGUAGUAUACUCGGGAGCAGUGAUAAGAGAACGCUAAAGAGGUGGUUUUUCAUUGACAAAAGGGUGGGAUAAAAAGAUUAGGGCCUUCAUUCUCCACCAGUGUUCUAAUGAUUCCGAGAAGGAAGCCAGGGAGGCUUGAUGAUGUUCGUUCUAAUGGUUGGCUUGAUGCAAUGAAGUCUUCGUCACCUCCUAGUAGGAAGGUUCAGAAGGAAUCAGGCAUCGAGGAUUUUUCUGAUGAUGCUAAAGGUGUUUACUCUUCUUGGAUGUUCAAGUAUCCAUCAGCACUUAGCUCCUUUCAGCAAAUUGUUAGCCAUGCAAAGAAUAAAAAGAUCGUUAUCUUUUUAGACUAUGAUGGGACUCUCUCUCCAAUUGUAGAUGAUCCUGACCGUGCUUUUAUCUCCGCUGAUAUGCGUUCUGCUGUCAGGGAUGUUGCGAAUCAUUUCCCAACAGCCAUCAUCAGUGGAAGAAGUCGUGAUAAGGUUUAUCAGUUGGUAGGACUAGCCGAACUCUAUUAUGCUGGUAGUCAUGGUAUGGACAUCAUGGUUCCAAUUAGAAAUGAGUUGUGCACUAAUGGUUCAUUUAUUAAAUGUACUGACCAGCAGGGCAAGGAAGUUAAUCUAUUCCAGCCUGCUCGUGAAUUUUUGCCUAUGAUAGACGAGGUUUACAGAAUCCUCGUCAAUAAAACUAAAGAAGUAGAAGGUGCAAUAGUUGAGAACCACAAGUUUUGUGCCUCUGUACAUUACCGUAACGUAGAUGAGAAUUGUUGGCCUGCUCUUGCCCAAUGUGUCCACGACGUUUUGAAAGGAUACCCUCGACUACGACAAACUCAUGGGCGGAAGGUUUUAGAGAUCCGUCCUAUAAUAGACUGGGACAAAGGAAAAGCCGUUGAAUUUUUGCUUGAAUCACUAGGUUUUAGAAACAGUCAUGAUGUGCUCCCUAUAUAUAUUGGCGAUGACAGAACAGACGAAGAUGCAUUCAUGGUUUUGAGGGGGAGAUAUCAAGGUUAUGGGAUUCUUGUUUCGGCUGUUCCAAAAGAGAGUAAUGCUAUCUUCUCUCUCAGGGAUACUUCAGAGGUCCAAGAAUUCUUGGGAUCUCUUGCGGAAACUAUGGAAAAUCAAGAAAUAUAUGAAAUGGAAGAGGGGGAUGGAACAAAAGGGAUACUAUAGAUAAGAACCUUUCAUUAUGUUACAAGUUUUUUUAUGAAUAAACUGAAGCCAAUUCUUACAAGUGGCCAGGAUUUUUCAGAAAAAGUCUUUCUACCUCCACAAGGUGGGAGUAAGGUCUACAUACACUCUACCCUCUGCAGACUCCACAUGUGGGAUUACUCUGCAUACGUUGUUAUAUUUGUCUUACAAGUGCAAGAAAUUUGUUUUCAUCUUUUGUGAUUCUUGUGUAUUCUCCUUUGGGUAAGGAGGGCACUGUUGAGUAAAAGGCCCUUCAUCCCUGAUUUAUUGUGAUGGUUAGUGCACUUGGAUCAAGUGUUUCAGAUGCUUUGCCA